AUGUCUGCUUCACUAUCAUUACCUUCAAACAGAAGCCAGUUGGACAUAUUAUUCAGACAGACACUUAUCUUCAGCAAAAUGUUCAAAAAAUCUUGGGCUAGUUCGCCUGAAAUUUUGAAAAUAUUAUAUCAACAUUCAUGUGAUUAUGCAUUUAAUGGAAGAGCAUUGGAGUUAGUUGAGCGAAAUCUUCCUAAAAUGUUUAUUGAAAAUGACCAAGUUCGAAAUGGAAUACAAAUUCAAGAGGGCUGGUUCAUCAGUCCAAUGAAUGACAUUUCUUCCCGUUUCUUCGAGUCUGGCCAAAAUGUUUCUCGUGCCUUUUGGAGAGGAUACUUUCCUGGCCCCAAUCGAAAACGUAAUGGACUAAUAAUUCAUUUGGCCCCAACUGGUGAUGACACUUAUUGGCGAAGAUAUAAUGGAUUUGUUAAACCGCUCUUGGCACUUGGUGUAUCUUCAAUUCUUCUACAAAAUCCAUUUUAUGGAGAAAGAAAGCCAAGCAACCAAUUUCGUUCAUCACUCCUUAACGUCUCUGAUUUAUUUGUAAUGGGUGGAAGUUUAAUUCUCGAGUGUUGUUUUCUUACACGUUGGGCACGUGAACAAGGAUUUUCACCAAUUGGAAUUUCUGGUGUAUCAAUGGGAGGUCAUAUGGCCUCACUUGCUGUCACAAAUAUUCGAGAUAAACCAGUUUCUCUCAUCCCUCUUCUCUCUUGGACUUCAGCUUCCCCAGUUUUCACACAGGGCGCUUUAGCUGAAGCUAUUGGAUGGAAAGAAUUGAGCGAUGAAUUAGAAACAAAUAAAGAAUUGGAGAAGGUUCUCUUUGACUGUGGUUGGCUUACAAUGAUGGAAGAUCAAACUCACCCAGCGUAUAAACUGUUCCCAAAAUCACGAGCCCAUCGACUAAUGUGGAUAUUAAUGGAUGCCUUUACAAACUUAGCUAAUUACCCUGCACCCAUCAAUACUGAUUCUAUUCGUGUUGUGGUGGCGGAGGAUGAUGCAUAUGUGCCACGAAGUAGUUAUAUCCCAGAUAUUAGUGAUCUAUGGCCUGGAGUUUCUGUUAGUUGUAUUCCGGGUACUGGACAUGUUGGAGCUUAUUUGGGAUCCCAUAAACUCUUUCAAGAGAAGAUUUUGGAGGCAAUCGGGUAUAGUGUUCCCGCGCCAGACACUACUACACUAAUGGAUAUUCCGCUGAGUCACCAAAUUUCCUUCGCCUUGGCAAGGUUGAGAGUUAGGAAUGCAAUGGAAAGAAGUAAUGAAAAGCCAAGAAGAGGUUUGAUUUGAAAAAGUGAUAAUUGUGAUGAUGACCUUUUAUAACUAAUACAUAGUAUUAUAUAAUUUUAAAUAAAUUCCGUUAAGUAUUAUACUCGCCUCGUGACGUCUAAAUCUUGGCCAGCGGGGACAAUAUUGUCCUUUCCAUAAUUAAUCGCGCUAAUUAUGUUGUUGCUUUUUUAAUUAAAAUUAGUAUUACUUUUAGCGCCUGGGAUACAAAACUACCUCAAACAACAGUCAAUGCUAUCACGCUGGACCUGCUAACGGUAUUGCACGCGCGAAUACUACAACUCUGAUCGAGGUUCAACGUCUGCCAGGUCCUAUCUCCACCGACAAAAUUGUUGUUGAAUUAGUGAAGACGGAACUUACUUCAAGUCAACUCGACCCAAAAACUAUAAUUCCAACCAAAGAGAGGGGCGAGUUCAAUGUUCAAGUCAAUGUGAGUGCUGUGGAAAGCACCGAAGCCAACUUUCCUGUGCGACAACAUCAGCUAGUGCCUAAGAUGAAUAAGAAAUGUGGAGAUUUUUAGGAAAUAUUUUAGGAUAAAUAGAAAAAUGUUCUUGUAAUUUGUUUGUGGUUGCGGUUGGUAGAUAAAAAUGUAAAGAAUAUUUUUUUAAGUUCUGGAGAAAAACAGUGGCACUAGCUGAUGUUGUCGCACAGGUAAGUUGGCUUCGGUGCUUUCCACAGCACUCACAUUGACUUGAACAUUGAACUCGCCCCUCUCUUUGGUUGGAAUUAUAGUUUUUGGGUCGAGUUGACUUGAAGUAAGUUCCGUCUUC